CCUCUCCCUCAGAUGAGGUGGUGAUCAUGCAUCUAUAUUAAAAUAGCUCGUGAGAUUUGAACUCACCAUCUUCCGCUUCAGUAUCAUGUCAUGCGAAAAUAGCAAGGCACAAUCGUUAUUCUUAAAGCGAAUAAUUGUUGGUAAAUAUAUUUAAAAAGUAUACUAUAUUUAUAGCUGCGAUCAAUUUGAACACAAUUUUAACUGGUAUAAUUAAAUUCAAAUUUAUAUGCCAUCCAUUCAUCUGAAUUUACAGUGAAGUUGUAACUACCUGUAAUUAAACAGUUUCUUAAUAUUGUUUUGUAUUUUGUACUUUAUAGUCAACACAAUGCAUCAAUUUCCUCAAAUCCUUCUCCACAGUCAACACAAUGCAUCAAUUUCCUCAAAUCCUUCUCCACAACCGUUUUACGAAAUUUUAUAGGCUUUCUAAUGACGUGGGUGAUCUCUUAAUUUGUUGGCUUUUUUUGGCUUUGAACAUUGCGCUUUGUGGUGCCCGUAAACUGUUCGGUGUUUGGCUCCAGAGGAGAACACAAGAGAAGGGAAAAGAGAGCGAAAUGGGCUCUCCUAACAGUGCUCUGGAGCCGUGUCGCAGGAACGACGGGCGGCGGUGGCGGUGCAAGAGCGCGGCGGUCCCGGGAACCAACCUGUGCGGACACCACCUCGUGCAGUCGCUCGCCCGCAAGCGCAGGAGCUCUUCUUCGUCUGGUGUGAGCGCCCGCGAAGGCGCGAGCACGAACAAGAAGGCGCAGAAGAAGCUGAAGAGCUGAGCGAAGGGAGCGAGAAAGGCGGAGCACCGCUACGAAGAUGCUUACUACUGCUACUACUACUACUACGAGGGGCUCGGUGCGGGGGUGAGCGCACGGCGGAGCAGGGGAGGGGAAGCGGCGAUAUAGGAAGAAACCGACGGCGGUGAUGCGGAGGAUGAGGCUCUCUCUCUCUCUCUCUCUCUCUCUCUCUCGUGGUUGAACUUUAGAUUAGUGUCAUGCAUGAUAAAUAUAUACACACUUGUGCAUAGCUGAAACAGCAAUAGAAAGGAAUUGAGGAGGAGAUUAAUUUGCUAUUAGAACUAUGGAAAAAUAUAUAUAUUAUGGUAAUGUUGAUGAGAUCAA